GAGAAUGACUAAGCUUUAACGAACAUCCAUGAAGCUUGGCAUAAACGGGCAUGUGAUCUUCAGAACCUGGAAUUGCAGCGCACCGCAGCGCAGCACAGUCCACGGGAGUGCUGCUCCGUCCCAUGCCCAUCUCGCAUGUGACAAUGCGACGAAGGCAAUUCCGUCUUUUACUCAACUCUCCCGAGGCAGAUGGUGACGGUGACACUUCCAAACGCAUAUCGCCCAUCUCUCCAUGUACACGUUGUUGCUGCGAAUAAGCGCAUCUUUCAUCAACAGAGCUGAACACAUCGAGGACAUAUGGACUGGCCGUUGACCGCUACGACCGAACAGCGACCCGAGUCUGCGCCGAGUACACCUCCUAUCUCACGAAUGGGAACCGAGAGUUGAUGGUACGACAUUCAGUACGGACUAUCUCUGAGCAUUCCAAGUCUCUAUUCAACAUUCAGAGCGCACUUUCCUCGACGUGCCGUUGGCGGCUGUGAACGACGAUGGAGGAUCACAUGCAACGGGAGCAACCUCCUUCAUAUACACAAUCCCACGAUCCCCAGUCUCUGAAUUUUCCAUCUGUUCCCACAGCAGAUCCACCACCUAUCCACCAUGAGCGUGUAUUACCACCCCUACCGCCACAACCAGCAGAGCCACGAUUUCGAGCAGAGGAGCACCAGUUUAUCUGGCCGUCGUCGAAUCCGUUGACAGCAUAUUACCAACCCGGGCCCUCGGCCCUGUCCCCCAAGACGCAGAGCUCCAUGGGAAUGGAUUCUCCAAAGACGAUGGAUCUUGAUGGUACGGAUAGUAGGGGUCGACGGGGUGGAAGUGUAUUGUCGAUAGACGACCCGGAUGUGCGACUUGCGGCUGAAGCGCUGGGAGAUCUCAGAGCAGACUUCGUAGGCUCGCCUCAGCAAAAUGGCCGAUCCUUACCACCUUCUUCACCUCACAGUCAUCAACCUAGAGGAGCCCAGCCAGAGCCCCUCCUUUCUCUCCUCACCACUUCGCAUCCAAUAAUCGGUACAGCAAUUGGCGGUUCUUUAUCCGCUUACUCUGCGUCCAAAAACUACAGUCCGCGAUUCAAGUCUAGUGCUGAAUAUGUUGAAAGAAGGUUUACGCCGGUCGUCAAUACUGUGGGUUCAGUUGGGCGCAUAACUGGUGUUGAAGGAGGGGUGCGUUGGUUUCUCGGUGGACGAAAACCAAGUCACCACCAACCUGAUGGGGAACAAGAUUCGCAAGUGUCCAACAAGAGGAGGAAAGUUGGCACAGAGGAUGUGGAUAUGGAUAUCGACGGCCAGCACGAAUCAUAUCCUGCUACCAGACAGGAAUUACAGCAUCGACAACGAAGGCCCAGUCAAGGAUCGACAGUGGAGAGCUUACCAGCUUACGACGAGUAUCGCAGCCCCAGCUAUCAAGCAAAUGCUUUGAUACCUACACAGUCACAAGAUGAGCCCAGGUCACCGGGAAGUUCAUGGCAGUCGCGAUUAGUUCUAUCAACGAGUGGUCUUAGUGUCGCUAUGAGCGAAGAGUCCCUCCGCAGCCUGAAGUAUUGUCUUGGUUGGCUGCGUUGGGCAAAUGAACAUAUCGGCAAAGUCAUUCUGGCACUGAAGAGUGCCUUGGAAGAAUAUGACAAUGGAAACAGGGUGAAUGCCUCAGGGGCCAUAGAGAGUUCGGAGCACCCCGGCCAGCUCAUUGUUCGUAGCGAUGCAGAACGCUCAGCACUCAAUGCAAAGAUUGCUGAGCUUAAAAAAGAUGUCUUGAAGACGCUCAAGGAGGUUGUAGACAUAGUGUCUAAAUAUGCUGGUGGUGCUCUUCCUGAGAAUGCCAGGGUUCUUGUUCGAAGACACCUCACUUCGCUGCCCCAGCGCUUUAGACUGGCCAGCUCACGGCCAACAGAAGGUGGCCGGAGUGGCGAGAAUGGUGAUAUGGAGGUUACUGAAGGCGCAAAUCGCGUUUUGGUGUUGGCGAAAGAAGGUCUAGAUAUGAUGGCGCAAGUAUCUGGUGUGUUAGAUGGCACGAUUGUCAGCGCUGAAGAAUGGUGUGAACGUUUAAGACGGUCUCGAAGAGAAGAUGGGGAGCGAGAAAAUCCUCUGUCACCUAUGGAGAAGCCUUCCUCGGAAUUGCCACCAACGAACAGCGGUGUGAAUGGAUAUGGUGGAGUUCCUGAUGUUAAGAUGGGUUGAAAAUAUACUAGUACUUAUUCCGUUUGUCUGGAUGGGCUGGUGCUGGAAAUACUGGAGUUAUCAACGGCUCGGAUAUAUAUACCAUAUGAAUGAAUUGUUUGAUGUUUGUCAUUGUCAUUGUCCAGAACAAAGCUCUUGAAAGCAAUCUAUUCCUAUAUGAAUCAACCGCCAUCAAGGGUAGAUCCCUUCC